GCGGCCGCCCGAAGGCGAUGCCGCCGCCGCCGCAGCUGGCUGUCAUGGAGGCGCCUCGGAGCGCGGGAGGGCCGGGGCUGCGGCGCGGAGGAGGAAGGAGAGAGGAGAUCGGUGAGGGUGCAGGGGUCCCCGGAGCAUGUGCAGAGUGCAGGCGCGAACGGGGAAGGGGGUCCAGGAGGAAAGGAAGCUCUGGAAGCGGCCGUUUGGGGGGACUUCUCUGCUGACUCUCCAGAGGGGCUGGGGUGGGGCGUCUCCAGGGAAUUAGGGGCGCCCCUUUGACUGCGACCCUCUGAGGGCUUUUCCUGUCUCUCUCUCUCUUUCCUGCAGCAGCAGCAGUGGAGGAGCGGCGGCAGAAGCUGCAAGAAUAUUUAGCUGCCAAAGGAAGGCUGAGACCGGCCAACACCAAGUGAGUCUUUGCUUUUGCUUUGCUUUUCGGAGUUGCUUAAAGGUAAAGGUAUCCCUGACCAUUAGGUCCAGUCGUGACAGACUCUGGGGUUGCGGCGCUCAUCUCGCUUUAUUGGCCGAGGGAGCCGGCGUACAGCUUCCGGGUCAUGUGGCCAGCAUGACUAAGCCGCUACUGGCGAACCAGAGCAGCGCACGGAAACGCCGUUUACCUUCGCGCCGGAGUGGUACCUAUUUAUCUACUUGCACUUUGACAUGCUUUCGAACUGCUAGGUUGGCAGGAGCAGGGACUGAGCAACGGGAGCUCACUCUGUCGUGCAGAUUCGAACCGCCGACCUUCUGAUCGGCAUGUCCUAGGCUCUGUGGUUUGACCUACAGCGCCACCCGCGUCCCUUUUGGAGUUGCUUACAUAGCAUCGAAAUAAGAAAGUCCUUCUUCUACCUUACAAUCAAUAAUCAUCAUCGCAUGGCAUGCAAGGGGAAAGGGACAAGGAGGGAAGAGGAAAACUCAGAAUGCAGGCGCCAAGGUGGCACAGUUUAACGCAAAGAGUUUCUCCCUGGAUCAGGCCCUCCUGUAAACCUAGUGCAAUAAGAGAACCUCCUGCUCAUAGCUGUCAACUUUCAGAUUUGAAAAUAAGGGAUCAACAGUCUCGAAAAUAAGGGAUCAGCAGCCUCACCUGUCCCGGGAACAGUCUAUGGGAUAUCUAACAAUCCGGAACAGCAGCGGGAAACAGCGCUGGAAUAAGGGAAUUUCACUCAAAAAAGGGAAGGUUGACAGCUAUGCUCCUGCUUCCUCUUGGCUCUCCAUUGAGGCAGCCUGAUGUGGCAGUUGGAGGAAGAGGGAGCUCUGAUGGAGCUGGGAACCCCUGCGUGCCUCAAUGGGCCAGCUGGAAACAUGCAAGUGGGGUGCAGGCUUCUGUCAAAGAUUCUCAUUCUUCUCCCUUGCAACCAAACAGCCUUUCAAUGCCACUCUGUCCUUUGGGCACUGUGCACCAGCCACACCCAAAUCAGCCCCUGGGGUUGACCCCAGAAACAGACCAGGACCCUUUGAGGAUGGUGAAGGCCUGCUGGCAUGAGAAGAGGGGUGGGCUUCAUCCUGGGCUCACAACCCUCAUCCAUUUGUUGCAUUUAUAUCCUACCUUUCUCUCCAAGGAGUUCAAGGUGGUAUACAUAAGUUUUUGGGACGCAGGUGGCACUGUGGUCUAAACCACAGAGCCUAGGGCUCGCCGAUCAGAAGGUUGGUGGUUCGAAUCCUCGCGACGGAAUAAGCUCCUGUUGCUCAGUCCCAGCUGCUGCCCACCUAGCAGUUCAAAAGCACCUCAAAGUGCAAGUAGAUAAAUAGGUACCACUCUGGCGGGAAGGUGAACGGCGUUUCCGUGCGCUGCUCUGGGGGGGUGUUAAGAAAGUAAUUUAUUUUCAAACUUUUCCUUAUGCUGCACAGACCCUACUUGAAGAACAACAACAGGCAGAAGAAUCCAGUUCCCUCCAAAGCACAACCUGUAAGUAGACAAGAUCCAGUGAGCCUCUGUAUUGUGAUCUAGAGAGCCAGAGUGGUGUAGUGGUUAGAUUGCUGGACUGGGAUCCAGGAGACCAGGGUUCAAAUCAGUUUGCCAUCAAGCUCCCUGGGUGACCCAGGGCAGUCACUGCCUCUCAGGUUAAUUGAAGGAGAACCAUGUACACCACUUGGAGCUCCUUGGAGGAAAAAUUGGAAUAUAAGUGCAAUAAAUAAAUAAUAAAUGUUUAUUCUGACCAAUGGCAUGCAGAGUGUCUGAGACUCUGGAUCUUUCUGGGGGCUUGCUUGGGAUUUAGAUCCAGUCCCUUUUACCAGGAUAAUCUGUCUUUUCCUCACAAUAGCUGGUGUGAGCUGGCAAGCUCUCUUGGCAGUGGAGCCCAAGGCCACUGAGAAGGUGGCAACUUGUGUUGGAGGAAAACCUUGCUGUUCAAACCUCCUGUCACAGGAAGAAGGGAGGCAUCCUCUGGUCUCCGGUUCUGACAAAUAUAUAGAGUGUCAUCCUCAUUCUUUCUCUCCUCUGGAGCCUUACAAAUUUGGUGACCGUUACUGAAUUAUCACUAUAUUUGUUUAUAUCACACCGUUUUCCCAGAAUGGGACUCAAGGUGGCUUGCACAAAUUGAAACAACACAGACAAAAUAUAGGAUGCUAAAAACAUUUUUUCUAAAGUUAAAAAGUAGGUAAAUUCAACUACAUCUGUUCUUUAUAUUAUUUUAAUUCUAUUAAAAUACAGAUAAUAAAAACAGCACAACCCUAUUUAAAGCUCUUUCCUUUUAAAAAAACAGUCAGUUCCUACAGGCCUGCCAGAAUACAGUGGUACCUCAGGUUACAGACGCUUCAGGCUACAGACUCCGCUAACCCAGAAAUAUUACCUCAGGUUAAGAACUUUGCUUCAGGAUGAGAACAGAAAUCAUGCUCCGGCAGCACGGCGGCAGCAGGAGGCCCCAUUAGCUAAAGUGGUGCUUCAGGUUAAGAACUGUUUCAGGUUAAGAACGGACCUCCAGAAUGAAUCAAGUACUUAACCCGAGGUACCACUGUAAAACAGUUUUCACCUGCUGGCAGAAGGAAAGCAAGGAGGGAGGCAGUCUAGGGUCAUUAGGGAGGGAGUUCCAAUGGCCCUCUCCCACAUCCUGAAGCAUGCCUGUGAGGGUGGUGGGGUGGAAAAAAACCUCCCCCAAAGAUCUCAUGCACUUAACGCAUUCUGAGACCAUGUUUUCUGCAAGGCACUCUGCACAUGCUUUUAGUUCCCCCAAAUUCAAACCAGUAACAUGUCAGAUUCACUGUUGUUUUUAUGUGAAAGUGCAAUAUUUCUCAUCCUUCCUUCCCCCCACCCUUUUCUCUGCUGUCUAAAAACUCUUUUCCCAAAUGCUCCUGUCUUUCUAUACAUUGACUUACUCAACUUAAAGGUAUUUCUCUAAGAUUCCUCACUAAAAUUGUCCUCAUGUGAUGAUUGCGUGGGCAUUAAGUUAUCCCUUGAGUAUGUCACAAUGUUCUGUUAAAGCAAAUCUGUCCAUAGGGCUCGUUAUAUAUAUAUAUUUUUAAACUCCUUCAAAAUAACUAAACAGACAUGGCACUUUUCAAGCUACCGUAAGUUGAGAUCUGAAUAGUGGCAAGGAAGGCUGCCUCUUUUGCUGGGUUCACAGGAGCAGAUUAAGAGGCACUUGUUUGCUCAGGCUCUGUGGAGUAUCGAAAGAAAUUGUCCAAGGUCUCCAUGCUAUUAUUUUUAUUUAUCUAUAAAAAUAGAUGUGUACUGCUAAAUCAUAAAUAUAUACAGUGGUACCUUGGUUCUCGAAUCCAUUCCGGAAGACCGUUCGAAUUCCGAAACAUUCAAAAACUGAGAUGCAAAGGGCUGGCUGCAAAUGCAAUUAAGAAAACUGAAAAAAACACAGAGCGGAAGCCGUUCGACUUCCGAGGUGCAUUCAAAAACGGAAGCGUUUACUUCUGGGUUUUCGGUGUUCGGGUUCCGAAACGUUCGACAACGGAGACUUUUGAGAACCGAGGUACCACGGUAUACUCUGUGUGUGUGCUUUGCAGCAAUAAAAACAAUUAAAGCAUAACAAAGUUGAAAUCGGACAUCAGUUAACCAUUGUGGAAGAAUUCGUUCUUAGUUGCCUGCAUAGGUCUGAUGGAAUAGAAUGCUUUUCAGCAGGUGCUGAAUCUAGUGGCAGAGAGUUCCACAGGAUGGGAACAAUGGCACUAAAGGCAAUUGAAUAUUUUUGUUUGUUCAAAGGCUUUUACUAUUUUUCUAAUUCUGUUUUACAUAAAAUGUCCUGAAAGCUCUAUUUGGUGAAAAAUUGAUUUAAAGAGUUUCUCAAAUAAUUUCACCGUAUUAUUUUCUCCAUUUCCAGACUGUCGGAUCCCGGAAAACCGUUGCCCCAAGCACAGCCAAAAGUGCAUCGACCAGGGAGGCAAAGGGGCUGGGACCUGCUAGCAAAGUCCUUCCAGAUAAGGCUUCCAGGGCUCUCGUGCAUCAGGAGCCAAACAAUGCACCCACACAACUUCCAAGGAAGCGGGGGCCCAUAUUUCCUCUCCCCUCAAAGCCCCCUGCUAGAAAACACCCUGAGAAGCUGGUCAUCAGGAUCUCAUCUGCUGGACAUCACUUAGGCAGGACGAAACAACCUGGACAGCAGGAAUUGGCCACAGCAUCUGGGACGUCAAAAGUCCUUUCAGACUCUAACAAGGCAGAGCAGGAUAAAGAGAACUCUGGGCUGAAGCGUGUUGGGCAGCCUCAGAAGAGAGAGACGUCUCGCUUCAGCCUCCAAGCCCAAUCCCAAGCUGGCUCAAAACCGCCCGUGAAGAACUGCAAGCAGGCUGUGGAAAAGAGCACCCUUUCGAAAAACCACAGGGCCGCUGCGGCACAGGUUAAGCCCAGAGCACCCUUAGGGGGUCCUCAGAGGCAAGUAAACAGCAUCUCAGCGGUGCGGACUUCACCACCCCGUGGACGGCCCUCAGCUGUUUCUAGGCCAGGAGUCCGAGGCCAAAAUCCCAGAUUAAUAAAGCAGUCUGCGGUGAUUCCACAGGCCACUGGUCCGCCUGUUCCUGGAGGGUCUCUGGCUGGGAGGGAAUCAACAGUGUCAUCCUCAUCCCUGGGCAUUCUUCGGAGGGGUCGGUCCAGGCCGCAGGCUGGUGCUCUGCAGGAGAGACCGCUGCCCGGGCGCCACGGAGCCUUGCAGAGGAAACGGAAGGCCACUCCGGAGAGAUGUCGUUCAGCAGCGCCUGGUGGCGCCAAGCAGAACAGAAGCCCAGCAGGGAGGGACCCGGGCAGCAAGAAGUUCAAGCAAGCGCCCAGGACUCCCGAGCCAAAAUCCAGGCCCAGAGCCUCGGAGCAGGGCUCUGGAGGACGUGGGAGAGGCGCACCCAGAGCAAAGCAGCAGGCGAGGGAGAUAGGCCAAGAGCCCAAGACCCCAGGCACACGGGAUCGGAGGCAAGUUGAACCCAGAGCGGGUUGCAUUCACUCAUCCUGCCCUGAGCAGCGACUAGCAAGGGUGCAUUGUGGGUAUCUGGGCCGAUAAAGUGCCCUUUCUUGGGUUUGCCCCUGGAAUGUUUGGGCUCUUGUUCACAAUAGAGCAGACAAGUGGGUGCCCGAGUGGCUCUUGCACUCACUUCAAUUAUUCAUUUAUAAAAAUACAUUAUUAUUAUUAUUAUUAUUAUUAUUAUUAUUAUUAUUAUUAUUUAUACCCCACCCUCCCCAGCCAAGGCCGGGCUCAGGGCGGCUAACAAGCAAUAAUAAAAAUAAGUUGAAUGAAUACAACUUAAAAACAAGAUUAAAAUACAACAUUAAAAAAUUGAAACAUUAAAAUAUUAAAAUGCAGCCUCAUCACAGGAGGAGAAAGGAAAAAGAAAAACAUCAGAGCAACUUACAGCAAUAAAUGCAUAAAAUUAUGCCAUAAAACUAUACAGUUGUACUUUGGAUCCCAAAGGCCCUGGAACUUGGAUGUUUUGCUUCCCGAACGCCGCAAACCCGGAAGUGAUUGUUCUGGUUUGCAAAUGUUAUUUCGGAACCCGAACAUCUGACGGGGCUUCCGCGGCUUCUGAUUGGCUGCAGGAAGUUCCUGCAGCCAAUCAAAAGCCGCAAUUUGGUUUUCUAACGUUUUGGAAGUCGAAGAGACUUCCGGAACAGAUUCUGUUCAAGUUCCAAGGUACAACUGUAUAAAGAAGUGUAGAACACACAUUGAUUAACCAUUGUCGGAUGAUGUAUCCUUAAUUGUCUGCACAGGCAGGCAUUUAAAGUUUGGCACAGAGGUUGCCUGCUGAAUCUCUGGUGGCAGAGAGUUCCACAGGACUGGACUGAUGCCACCGUCUUGUUUCAUCUGUCCGUCUUUCCUGCGUGGGGAAUGGGGUCUAGGCGUGUCCCUUAAGGGUGGGCCAGCGCAUGGCCAAACUGCUGCCUCAAUCCCUCAUGCACCUGUGUGCUGUAAUGUUCAGAGGAACCCCUAGAUCUUUAUUCAGCCGAGGUGCCUCAAUAUCUCCACCAGGUUCUGCUGAUGGACUAAUAGGAGAUUCAAGAUUACAGUUCGGAAAAGGCACACUAAAGUGCCUCCUUGUGAGUGAAUCUGCUUGCAAAUAGACCUUCCACACUUGACAGGGGACAUCGUGUCCAUGUGUUACUUUGUGUGCAUGAGGAGCCACCCUCUUGGGAAUGAUGAGCCGUGAUUCCUGCAUUGCAGCGGGUCAGGCUAGAUGGCCCUUUGUGUCCCCUCCAGCUCUGCAAUUCUAUGAAACCUGAAGGCACGCAGAAAGCAGCUCUAAACAAAGGAGGGACAAGGAAGAAGAAAAGUGAUAGGCCUGCAAGGGGUCAUAGAUGACCCCAAUUUUGCUCUGGCUUCUAACUAAUAAUUGGACCUCCUUGGCCAUGGGUAGGCAAACUAAGGUCCAAUCGCCUUCUCAAUCCAGCCCGCGGACGGUCCGGGAAUUGGCGUGUUUUUACAUGAGUAGAAUGUGUGCUUUUAUUUAAAAUGCAUCUCUGGGUUGUUUGUGGGGCAUAGGAAUUUGUUCAUUUUUAUUUUUCAAAAUAGAGUCCUGCCCACCACAUGGUCUGAGGGACAGUGGACCGGCCCACGGCUAAAAAAGAUUGCUGACCCCUAUUCUUGGCCAUGGGUAGGCAAACUAAGGCCCAGGGGCCGAAUCUGGCCCAAUCGCCUUCUCAAUCCAGCCUGCGGACGGUCCAGGAAUCAGCAUGUUUUUACAUGAGUAGAAUGCGUGCUUUGAUUGAAAAUGCAUCUCUAGGUUAUUUGUGGGGCAUAGGAAUUCCCCCCCCCCUUCAAAAUAUAGUCCGGCCCCCCACAAGGUCGGAGGGACAGUGGACUGGCCCCCUGCUGAAAAAGUUUGCUGACCCCUGUCCUUGGCCAUCCUAUUGCCCUCAAAGCCACAGAGGCUCUGAUCAAGACCAGGCUUUUUACUGUAGCCAGGGAGAUGCGUCAAGAGUGGCAGUGAGAGCCACCAACUCAGACGGCUUUGAAAGAGGAUUAGACAAAUUCAUGGAGAGGCCUUUUUCCACCUACCUUACCCCACCCUUCAGCUCUAGGAGUCUUUCCCAGACCAUGACUUUGGGAACAGCAGCAGCAGCAGCUGGGAAGAAAGAAGGGAUAAUUUUUUAAAUUGAAAAAUUCAUAAGUUGUGUGUCCUCGUUUCUCAAUUUGAUCCUUUUACGUGGUUUGGUAUGUUUUGUGGGAUUUUAUGCAUUGUAAAUUGCUGCCGUUUUUAUUGAUUAUACUUUUGCAGUUCUUUAUUGUUAAGUGUGAACUAUUUAAUUAUUAUCUGUUGGCAUUUAAUUAUACUGUUUACAGUGGUACCUCGGGUUACAGACGCUUCAGGUUACAGGCUCCGCUAACCCAGAAAUAGUGCUUCAGGUUAAGAACUUUGCUUCAAGAUGAGAACAGAAAUCGCACGGCAGCAGUGGGAGGCCCCAUUAGCUAAAGUGGUGCUUCAGGUUAAGAACAGUUUCAGGUUAAGAACGGACCUCCCCUCCGGAACGAAUUAAGUAUUUAACCCGAGGUACUACUGUACUGUUAUAUUCUAAUGCCUUAUUAAAUAUGUAUUCAUUAGAUAUGUUGUUAUGGCAUUUUUGUAUUGGGUCAGAUUGUGAUUAGGCGUGUGACCUCUGCUGUCUGUCUUGUUGCUCCUUCAGCUUGCAAACCGCCUCGUUUGUAGCAAUAUAGAAAGGCGGUAGACAAAUUAAAAGUGAAAUGAAAGUGGCCGCUGAUCCGGCCGGCCUGUCUUCGGUUCUGACGUCGUCUGACCUCUCCUUGAUCUCCCUUAGGAAGCAGCUAGAGGAGUGGUUGGCAUCCAGAGGGAAACAGUACAAGCGGCCCCCGAUGACCUUCCCCGUUAAAAGGCGGCCCCCGCCCAAGGAGAAGGAGGCCCUGGACCGCUCCUUCUGGGACCGCAUGGAGGAAGAGAUGGAGCAGCAAAAGGUGGCACAGCAAAUUGCCAGCACUUUGGCAGACUGCAUGAAGCUGGCAGAUGAGGUGAGCUGUGGGUCUUCCGUCUAGUCUGGAAAGUUGCCCACGAGCUUCAUCCUUCGAUGGGGCAGAAAGUGCAGGCCUGGUUGGUUAGACUGAUAAGUGCCACCCAUCAAUAAAUAUUCAGUGUGUGGCUUAAAAGCAGAACUGUUUACAAAAUAACACAUGCAAUCAUUAAAACCCACAAGGAAUGAUAAAAGCAGGGAGAAAAACCUGUCAUGGGACACCAAGGCAGCCUCAAUAUUGUUUUUCUUUGCUUUGAAACUCUCCUUUCUCCCACCCUGCCGGGAGCAGAGUUUUUCCACAAUUGAGCAGGAUAUAAAUGAAAUAAGGAAGUCAAUCACGUUUUUAUUGUUUGCGGCCCUUGGCCCAUUGCGCUGUAACUCUCAGGAAACAAACUGGGCAGUCCAAGAGUCAGUUGAAACAGAGACAUUUUCAGAAGUGCCCGUUGCCCAACAUCAAAGGGAAUGUUCCCUAAAUCAUUUAUAUGGGGGGGGGGUCUGAAUUGAGCCUGUGGAACUCCCUGACCCUUUGCAGACUGAAGCGGGGGAUGUCAGGCCUGACGGGCAGCAAGUUCAAGCCCAUUUUCUAUGGGGAAGUCAGAAUGCAGGACCCGUGUGCAUUUAUUAUUAUUAGAGCUGUUUGACAGUGGAACAGAUCACAUUGGAAAGUGGUUGACUCCUUCAUUGGAGGUUUUUAAAGGGAGGUUGGGUGACUUAAGGUUCAAGGGGCAGGUAACAAUUAAAACACAAAAUUACACCAAAAGCAAAACAAAAAACAAUUUAAAACAACUAAAAAUUACAGAAAUAAGGAGGGUCCUAAAAUAUACCGUAUUUUCCGCGCCAUAAGACGCACUUCUCCCCUCCUAAAAAGUAAGGGGAAAUGUGUGUGCUUCUUAUGGAGCGAAUGCAGGCGGGAGGGAGGCGGGAAAAGCCCCCAAGAGCCGCACACACGCUCUGCGCGGCUCUUGCAGGCUUUUCCCCAAGGAGGGAGAAGGGCAGCCUGUCACUGACGAGCUGUCCUUCUCCCACCUCAUAGAAAAGCCCCCAAGAGCCGCGCUCCCUUUAAAGAGAGGGAGAUGGGGGAAGGGGCAGAGGGCAGCCCCUCAGUCCCUUCCCCCACCUCCUGGAAAAGCCCCCAAGAGCCGCACUCUCUUUCACAAGCCGUGUGGAGCGUGUGUGCGGCUCUUGGGGGCUUUUCUCCCUCCUCUGGGAAAAGCCUGCAAGCGCCCCACACAUGCUCCACGCGGCUCGUGAAAGGGAGCGCUGAGCAGAGCCUGGGAUGCAUACAGGCUAUGCUCAGCAGUCCCUUUAAAAAUAUUUUUUUCCUUGCAUUCCCUCUCUAAAAACUAGGUGCGUCUUACGGAGCGAAAAAUACGGUACGUCUCCAGGGUCAAGAGGGACUGGGUUUUUUUAUGCCUCCUUUUCUAUGCCCAGCUCUGUAAUGUCCGGAGGUACAGGAAUGCCCACCCAGUUUUCUGUCUUCAGUACCAGCGACUUUGCCAUCUGCUGGUUCUAUCCUCAAGCACCAGGGCAAAAGGAAAACGAAAACCGAUUUUGCACAAAUACACCCUUAAGGUUGUGGUAGCGCUGCCCAAUGGAAACAGUCUGCCUACAGAGCGAGCCCAAAGUGUUCCUCAUCUGCCGGCCUCCUUCUGACUCCUUUCUGUUUCCCUCCAGGGGGUUCCUUCGGAAGAGCUCCUGGCCAUGCUGUCCCACAUCCCAGAGGCUGAGAAGUUUGCCCGGUUCUGGGUCUGCAAGGCGAAGCUGCUGGCCCGCCAAGGCCCGUUGGAUGCAGCCGGGCUGUACCGUGCUGCUGCUUGCGCUGGAGCUGUGGUGGGUGGAAUCCCCUCACUCUUGGCCUCUCGUCCGCUGUGUCUGCGGCAGAGAGGCAGUGUGGUGUAGUGGUUAGAGUGCUGGGCCAGGACCUGGAAGGCCAGGGUUCAAAAUGAAGUCAGACCCACGGAGGCCCAAAGGAGCUUUUCCCCUUGCAAGGACAUGCCAAGAGGUGUGGGGAGGGGCAGGGCUCCCCAGCAAAGGCAGAGCCCUUCGCCAUCCUCCUGCCUCCCUAAGCGUCUGGGCUUGAGCUUCCUGACCCCCAAAGCGGGGUCCCUUUGCCCAUCCCACCUGGACUGAGAAUGCUCAAAGCAUCUGCUUGACUGGGAUUUGCACAAGAGGUGCCCCCAGAACGUGGGGCGCACCCCCAGUAAGGAGCCAUUUCUUGCUAUGGGCUCUUGUUCACAUCAGAUCAGGGGGGCUGGACUUUCCUAGAUGACCCCUGGGACUCCCUACAAGUCUAUGAUUCUCUGGGGGCUGCUGGAAGACGUGUGUGCCCACAGGCAGAGGAGGGGGUUGCAAUUGGCUGUGGUCCCCCCACCUCUGCUAUAAAGGACCAUCCGUCCUGGGGUGGAGCUGUUAAGCAGCCAGUCCUGUGGAAUCUCCCUUGCUGGGGCCGCCAGAUCUGGGCCCCCACAAUGUGCGUCUCUCCCCCUGCCCCCCAAACAGCUGUAGCAAAAGGAUGUUUGUGCAUGAAACCUGCUCCCUCGAAAGGUGGUGGACUUGCCUUCAUUGGAUAUACCGUAUUUUGUGCUCUAUAAGACUCACCUUUUCCCUCCUAAACAGUAAGGGGAAAUGUGUGUGUGUGUCUUAUGGAGCGAAUGCAGGCUGCGCAGCUAUCCCAGAAGCCAGAACAGCAAGAGGGAUUGCUGCUUUCACUGUGCAGCAAUCCCUCUUGCUGUUCUGGCUUCUGAGAUUCAGAAUAUUUUUUUUUCUUGUUUUCCUCCUCCAAAAACUAGGUGCGUCUUGUGGUCUGGUGCAUCUUAUAGAGCGAAAAAUACGGUAUUUUUAGCAAAGGUGGAGGAUCGUUCACCUGGGAUUCCUGCAUUGCAGAGGGUUAGACUAGAUGACUCCUUGGGGGCCCUUGCAACUCUACGAUUCUGUGAAAUCCUGCAGGCAGCGCUCUGAGGCCUGAGGAGGUCAGGUGGGAUUGCUAUGAGGAAUUAUGAAAAAUGAAGCAAGCCGUUGUGUCAGCAAUGAAAGCAUUGCGUUGACUGGGUUUGAGUCAUUGACAGUCGUUUCUGAUCAAAUCCCAUAAGCCUCUGCAUCUCUGCCCAUCUUCUCUACUGUCCAUUUUCUACACCUGACAGGCACGUAAAGCAUUCUAAAACACAGACUGGUUGCUUCACCAGGCAUCCUGAGCCAUAAAGAUAAUAGGUUACUUUGAUGUAGCUUUUGUUAAUCUUUAGGUAGACGCGGGUGGCGCUGUGGUCUAAACCACAGAGCCUAGGGCUUGCCGAUCAGAAGGUCGGCGGUUUGAAUCUCUGCGACGGGAUGAGCUCCCGUUGCACGGUCCCUGCUCCUGCCCACCUAGCAUUUUGAAAGCACGUCAAAGUGAAAGUAGAUAAAUAGGUAGCGCUCCGGCGGGAAGGUAAACGGCGUUUCCGUGCGCUGCUCUGGUUCGCCAGAAGCGGCUUAGUCAUGCUGGCCACAUGACCCAGAAGCUGUACGCCGUCUCCCUCGGCCAGUAAAGCGAGAUGAGCGCCGCAACCCCAGAGUCAGUCACGACUGGACCUAAUGGUCAGGGGUCCCUUUACCUUUACCUUUAGGUAGAUCUUAGGGCCUGGAAACAGAGUUUCACAUGGAAGUGAUAAAGAUGCCUAAUCUUUACUGCUUGUUUAUGACCUCCAGGGUUGCUGAAUGCAUUCCUCCUUUAGUCCUGUUUUACUUACCCCAGAAUGUAUGCAUGCUCAAAUUAGCUCUUUGUAGUUUUAACUUUAACUUUGCCCCCACGUGGGGUUUUUUGAAAUGCUCAGAGGAAAUCUGAUUGGUUCUUACAAACACUGUGUAAAGGGUUCUUUGGUUUAUAAAACAACCUGGGCCAGGGGGUGGACAGAUUAGUAUUAACACUUCCUCCCAGAGUCUUGCUGGUCAAGCCUGGUGUGUAUUUUAUUAAUCAGAGUCCAAUCCUUCCUUGCUUUUGGAAUGCAACAGCCUGCUCUGGUCGCUCAGUGAUGGACUUCGUUUUGCUCUCAUUCCAGCCACUACGAGAGUUGAGAGAUGCCCUUGUUGACACUCUGAAGCGUUCCAGUCAAGCCUGGGGUAAGCAGUGGAUCAGGCCAGGGGCCCAUCUGGUCCCAGCAUCCUGUUCUCACAGGGGCCAGCCAGAUGCCUUUGGGAACCCGCAAGCAGGAUUCCAGCCCAAGAGCCUUCUCCCCUCCUGUGGUUUCCAGCUGCUGAGAUUCAGAAGCACUGCUGCCUCCAGCUGUGGAGGCCAGAGCAUAGCCAUCAUCGCUGGCUGGGCUGGGCUUCGGGCCUGCCAGCCAAACUCUGCCCUCCCCCCUCCCAAACACACACGCGAAAGAGUGAAGAGAGGGCAGCUUCUCCUCCCCCGUGUAGAAUACAGUGGUACCUCUGGUUGCGAGCAGGAUCCGUUCCGGAGCCCCGUUCGCAACCCGAGCAGAACGCAAUCUGUAUGUGCACGGCUCGCGAUUCGCCACUUCUGCGCAUGACGUUAUUUUGAGCAUCUGUGCAUGCGCGAGCGGCAAAACCCGGAAGUAACCCGUUUACCUUUUCAGGAGGUAUCCUGAAAGAGCAUAGCCUGAACCGAACGUAACAAGAGGUAUGACUGUACCUUACUGCUGCUUUAAGGCCAGUGCCUAGCGAAGGAAUUGUAAACAAAAUGAUUUUUCAGUUUCCUCACUGGAGGUUAAUGUUGUAUCUCUGCAUCUGGGAAUAUACGCAGGCGGCCUUUUGCAGGCAAUGCCCAAAGCGAGCCCUGCAUCCCUCUCUCAGUUCUGCAGGCAAUGCUCCUGGUUUUUCCAGAUGGGGUUGGGCUAAGCAUUCUUGGGUCCCAGUCAAAGCUUCCAUUUUCUGGCGCCCUUGUGUCAAAACCUUCCUGCGAGGGAGCGAUGUUCCUUUGCUUCUUGCCAAAGCUUCCUUAGAGCUCAGGACCAUUCCCUGAAAGAGUGUGUCCCAGGUUGGGCCUAGUAUCUGCAAGGAACCGUGCACCUCCACAUCCAACACAGUGGCUCUCGUGACCCCGUCCUCGAUCCCCAAAGUGGCCAUUGGCUGUUGGAUUCAUGCCCUGCUUUCCUUCAGCAGAGGCGGCUCCCUGUUCUUCAGAGUUUUUCAAACAUUGCACAUUGAGAAGGCUGGGUGCGUGUUUCUUUUUACCAGAUUGCGAUUUCUGCAUCUAUAAGUCUACGUUCAGUAUAUAUUUUGUUUCUCUUGUGUCUUAAUGCACCGUAGCUUGCUCUGCGUGUCCUAAUGCAGCCCUGCAGGGAGAGAGCUUUGGACCUGGAUGGAUGGGGGCGGGCAGGGAGGGGUAACACUGGAGAAUCUCAGCACCAUUUGAAUCUUGUUGGGCCUGAGAGCGCUGGAGUUGCCUCCCUGGCAGCAUGGCUGCAUAGGCAGGAGCAGGGCAGGACCAUAGCUGUCAACUUACAGAUUUGAAAAUAAGGGACCAGCAGCCUCGAAAAUAAGGUACCAGCAGCCAAAAUAAGGGAUUUUCCGGGCACAGGUAUGUUCAACUUCUGAGCCCCUCCGAGCCAAAGGCAGAAAGCCCAGCCAGCAGCCACACGAAGCCUCAAGCGGUGGUUCCCACAGCGCAGCAACCUGGCAAAGGGGAUGCAGCAAGGAAAACCAUCAGCACCUCUCCGCUGGGAGGCGCUGAGCAAAGGCGAGUCCCCAGGCAACGCGGCCGAUUUGAUCGGCACAAGGCAUGCAAGCUCCACCCCCCCAGUCGUUCUUAGACUCCUUAUUGGGUGAGCAACACAGCUGAACAACACAGUUGGAGCCUCCCUCCUCCCUGGCCGGCAGGGAGGGAGGGAGAGGAGCUGCUUCCUUUGAAACCUGGGAAAUUUAAGGGACAUCAACAAAAAGGGACAGCAGUGGGACAUGGCGCUGGGAUAAGGGACUGUCCCACCAAAUAAGGGACGCUUGACAGCUGUGGGCAGAACCCUCUGGAGCCAGCUUGAAAGAAAGAUGCCCUGCUUGCUGUCGGUUGCCAACUGUGGCAAUGGGCCCUCUGGGCGACUGCCUGCCCCUGGAAGCAGGACAGUCUUCUGCAUGGGGACAUGGAGCAAUUUCUGCAACACCAGAACGGGUUUGCCGUUCUUUCCCUUGCCAGCAAGGCCCCCCAGGCUGCUCUGGGCAAAGGCAGGCCCAGCUCAGGGCUCUUCCUCUUCAGCCACUGCCUGUCCUUCAAUGGCUUCUCUUUCUCUCCUCUCCCCCAACAGCAACCCCUGCUGAACUCCGACUUCCCGGCAAGGAGCAGGCGCAGAGCACCGGGCAAGGACCAGCUUGCCAGCCUCUUUCGGCAAUCAAGCUUCAAGUGGCAUCGCUGCCCAGGUAAGAGGUGGGCCUUAGCUCUGUCUUUUUCAACGCUACCCUAUCCUUUCUGAGGUGAGGCAACCAGGAAAAGAAGGACAAGAUGGCGGAGCAGGCCGGGGCAACUGGCCGCCUUCUGGUUCUGAGGGGUCCUCUAUGAUUCCAUGCCCUCUGUCCCUUUCCAGAGCCAAGGAGCCGAGUGCGAGGCCAAGCCUGAAGCUCUUGACCCCCGUGCGGCGGUCUCUGCGGAUCGACCGGGCGUCUGCUCGCUACCCACAGAUGCUGAGGGACCAUGACCCCGUCGUGUCCUGCCUGGACGAAAUCAUGGACGCGGAGGACGGCUGUCGCUUCAUCUUCCGCAAGAACGAAGCUUUGCUAGAGACGGUGGAGGUGGAGGGUUUUCUGCCACGGACCUCGGCGCCAGCCUCCCCAGACCCACCCCUGCGCAGGCCCCUGUUCUGUUAGAGCUGAAUCGGCGGACUGGAAAUGUGGGGGGUCAUAGCAUGGGACCCUUU